AUGGCGCCUUCGUCUGCCCAAAUAAAGGCUCUGGUCACUCAGUUCCAUGACUUAUCUGGAGCCCCCGACCGCAUAGCAUCUCGGUAUUUGAAGGCGACCAACUAUAGAUUGGAUGCCGCUCUCGAUUCAUACUACUCAAACAACAAUGAUUCGAAACCCUCUCCUUUAGAAAGCCGACUCAAUUCUCUUUUCGAAUCGUUAAGAGACACUAAAAAUGACGAGAAGGAUAAAAUGGAGGUUGAGUCUACGAUGAACUACCUCGGGCAAAAGUUGAAAGUUAGCUUGGAAAAUGCCGAGCUUUUUGUUGUCUUGGACCUUGUCCAGGCACCGAGCGUGGGAGAGAUCACCCGCGCUGGUUUUGUCGAGGGGUGGAAGACGGCCAGGAUUGACGCGACCGUCGAAGCACAAGCCGCUUAUGUUCAGAAUCUGAUUGCCUCACUCUCAAUUGACCCAGUGUACUUUAAAAAGGUGUACAAGCAUGUCUUUGUCGCUGGAAGAGAGGGCGACCAGAAGGCUCUGGGUCUCGACGUCGCGCAAGUCUACUGGGGAAUCCUUUUCUCUGAGCCAGGAUUGAAAUGGACCAGCCAGAACUAUGACUGGUUAGACCUCUGGAAGAAGUUUCUGGCCGAGAAGUGGACUCGUUCCGUCAACAGAGACAUGUGGAACAUGACUCUCGAGUUCGCCUUGAAGUCUAAAGAAGACGAGUCCCUCUCUUUCUGGAAUGAGGACGGAGCAUGGCCCAGCGUCAUCGAUGAUUUCGUGGAGUGGUGCAAGAACAACGGCAUCGGCAAGUCUGAAUCAAUGGAUGUCGACGACACCAACUAG